AUGAAACCAACAUAUUCUACCCUUUUCCUCUCUUUACUUGCUUCCACAGAAGCUAUAUCUCUACAUAAGCGAGAACAUGGUCUCGAGCCGAGAGUUAUGAGUGUUCCUAUUCAGCGUCGACAAAUAGAUAACCCCUUGGCCCAUGAUCGAAAGCGUCUGAACAGAAGAGCUGGUACUGUUAAUGUUGGAAUCGACAAUGAGCAAUCCCUCUACUUCCUCAACGCAAGCAUAGGAACUCCACCACAAAACUUUCGUCUUCACCUCGACACUGGAAGCAGUGAUCUCUGGGUCAAUUCAGUAAACUCUGAGCUUUGCGACACUCACGCCAACAUCUGCGCAGAGUCCGGCCUAUACAACGCUAACAAGUCGUCGACGUACGAGUAUGUGAAUAGUGAAUUCAACAUCUCAUACGCCGACGGCUCUGGCGCAUCUGGCGACUAUGUCACCGACGCGUUUAGGAUGGGAGAAGUUUCCAUCAAAGACCUGCAGUUUGGAAUCGGAUACAUAACCUCAGAUAACGAGGGAGUCAUUGGUAUUGGAUACACCUCCAACGAAGCUGUUGUUGAUCAACCCGACCCAGAGUUUUACAAGAACAUGCCGGCUAGACUGGCCUCGGAUGGAGUUAUCGCCUCUAACGCGUACAGUCUGUACCUCGAUGACUUGGAAUCUGCGACUGGAAAGAUCCUGUUUGGAGGAGUUGACGAGCAGCACUUCAUUGGCGAUCUGGUUACCGUGCCCAUCAUGAAGAUCAACGACGAAUACUCCGAGUUCUAUGUCAAACUCCAAAGCAUCAACUCAGGUUCAGAAAUAGUCGGAGAGGACCUUGACCUUGGAGUUGUUCUCGACUCAGGCUCAACGCUCACGUAUCUCCCUGCCAGCGUUACAGACAGCAUAUACCAACUCGUGGGAGCUGACUACGAAGAGGGUCAAACCACAGCAUACGUGCCUUGUGAUCUAGCAAACCAGGGGGGAAAUUUGACCUUCAAAUUCACCUCCCCAGCCGAGAUCACAGUGCCCCUCAGCGAGCUGAUCCUCGACUUUACCGACAUCACAGGCCGCCAAAUGUCGUUUACCAACGGUCAAGCAGCAUGCUCCUUUGGAAUCGCACCUUCGACCUCACAGGUAUCUAUCUUGGGUGACACAUUCCUGAGGAGCGCUUACGUGGUGUUUGACCUGGACAACAACGAGAUCUCGCUGGCGCAGAGCAACUCUGAAGCCACAGGCUCUCACAUUCUCGAGAUUAGUAAAGGAAAAAACGCCGUGCCUUCUGCGACUGGCUCAGAGGGACCUCAGUCUUCGGGUAGCGAGAAUGCUGCCGGAUCACUUUCGCCCCUGGAAAGCACUGGGGCCGUGUCUAUCCUUGCGGGAGCAAUGGCACUCACGUUUGCUUGGUUCCUUAUCUAG